AUGGCAGAAGCUAAGCUUGCGUCUCUUUUUGAGCCUGGCAAACCUAUGCCGCGGGCAGCUGUGGUCGGCGCCAUGCGACAGGAGGUAUCGGAAUUGAAAGCGAAGCUAGCGGCUAUGAUGAGCGGAUCUAGUGCCGAUGCCGUGCUGGGUGCACGGUCGGAAACUGAUGACGAGCUGGCAGAUCGCGCACGACAGGCAUUCCUCGAGGUGGAAAGACUGCUUGGUCAUAAGAGCGGAGGAACACACGCGAUGGACGACGCUGGUGCUAUUGCAGUUCUCGAGGCGGAGAACGAGCGGCUAAGGUUGGAGGCAACUGCACUUCUCCUUAGGCAGCAGCAGCUGGAAGAGCUUGUCGAGAAACACAACCUUUGUUGA